CGCGAGCCUUUGCUUUUCGUCGCACCCGCGCGUCCCAUUGCACGCUGCAAGAUGCGCAGAUGAUGCCCCCAUCUUUAUCCUUUCCUUCGCUACUGAAGAGAGCGGCUCCCUUGCCGUGGACGUGCCGGGCCUGCCUCCGCCAACAACAGCCUCUGCGCCAGCGAUUCGCCCAUGCGACUGCCCGCCGUGCGCCCAAGCCGACGAGCCGGCGGCGCAUACUGCUUGCCACGGCCACUGGCGGCGGAGUCGCCGCGACGGUUGUGGCGCUGAACGACGAUGCGAAGCACGCAGCAAUCGCCGUCCCGCGCAUAAGCAGAGUGGUCGGUACUCUCUUCCUGAACAUCAAUGACUACCGGGUUACUCUCAAGAAUGACGAAAACGAUCCCGACUACGCCGAGCUGCUCAAGGCAUGCCACAAACGCUGCGCCGAGAGGACACUGGUCACGCUGGAGAAGAGCGGCGGAAUGUUCAUUAAACUGGGCCAGCAUCUGAGCAGCAUGAACUACCUGCUCCCGAGCGAGUGGUGCGAUACUUUUAUCCCGCUGCAGGACAAAUGCCCGGUUUCGUCAUACGAAUCGAUCGAGAAGAUGGUGCUGCUGGAUACCGGGAAGUCCAUCACGGACAUGUUCUCCGAGUUUGAUCCCGAGCCUAUAGGCGCUGCUUCGCUGGCUCAAGUGCACCGGGCUGUGGUGCGAGAGACGGGGCAAAAGGUGGCGGUCAAGGUGCAGCAUCCGAUGCUGGACGAGUGGGCGCCGCUCGACCUGGUUCUCACGCGGUUUACCUUUGCGACGCUGAAACGCUUCUUCCCGGACUAUGACCUUACCUGGCUCUCGCGGGAGUUGGACAUCUCGCUGCCGCAGGAGUUGGACUUCCGCCGCGAGGGCGAGAACGCCACGCGUGCCAAGAAGUACUUUGCCCCGAUCAAGGAGCUGCCCGUGGUCAUCCCCGAAGUGCUGUAUGCGCAGCGCCGCUUCUUGAUUAUGGAAUAUGUGUCUGGCGCCCGUCCGGAUAACCUGGCGUACCUGGACGAGCACGGCAUCGACCGCGACGAAGUGUCGGCUGCCCUGGCCCGCAUCUUCAACCAGAUGAUCUUCGGCACGAACGCGCCUCUGCACUGCGAUCCGCACGGCGGCAACCUAGCCAUCAAGCACAACCCCAACCGGCGCGGCAAAGGCAACUUCGACGUGAUCCUCUACGACCACGGCCUCUACCGCGACAUACCGAUGGGGCUGCGGCGGUCGUACGCCAAGCUCUGGCUGGCGGUCCUGGACGCCGACGAGCCCAAGAUGCGCAAGUACGCCAAGGAAGUCGCGGGCAUCACGGACGAGUACUUUCCGCUGUUCGCGAGCGCCAUCACCGGCCGCGACUACACGGUCGUGCGGUCGGGCGUUGACAAGCCCCGUAGCGCGGCCGAGAAAGAGGCGCUUUCGGAUGCGCUGGGCGACGGCAUGCUGCAGCAGCUCGUGCAGCUGCUCAGCCAGGUCCCGCGGGUUAUUCUGCUGAUCUUGAAAACCAAUGACUUGACGCGCUCGCUCGACGAGAACCUCCAAACCCGCCAAGGCCCGAUCCGCACCUUCCUGAUCCUGGCCCGCUACGCCGCGCGCGCCGUCUACGAAGAGCAGACGGAGGCGCUGCGCGGGGCCGGCAGCCUGCUCUGGCCGAGCAAUCUGGCGCGUUUUGUGUAUGCGUGGGCGGCGUACGUGCGCGUCGAUCUCAAGCUGGGCGUUUAUGAGUGGUAUGUUGGGCUGCGGAGGAUGUGCGGGUUGCAGCCGCUUAUUUAGUGUGUUGUGUGUAUGAAGGAGAGGGGGAAGGGAGGAGGUGGGAAGAGGUGCGGGAAGGGGUUGGUUGGUUGAGUGUGUGUGUGUAUAUGCAUUAGCAUAGCCGGGCGUUGUUUUUAUGUUGAGUGUUUGGCUGUUUGUUUGUUCAACUAGAGAGACACGACCUUAGACGUGCUUGCUUCAGAUAGCGUAGACAGGUUGCAUUUUGCAUUUUGCAUAUUGCAUUGCAUUGCGCAUCGUUUGCUUGUUUGCUUGUUUGCUUGUUCGCUUGCUUAUUCGCUCUGCAUAUUCAAAAAGACUGAGACAGAUAGAGGUGCAUUGUUCAUCAUCAUCAUCAUCAUCAGCAGCAGCGUAGACUUGGUUGCUUGUUUAUUUGUCUGCUUACUUACUUGCUCGC